AUGGGGUGGCAAGACUCAAAAACUAGUUCUUUGAAGGUUAUUGUGUGUGGUCCUGAAAGCAUAAGAUGGUCCAUCACAGCAGAGUGUUUGUUUGGGCAGGGUAACAGCAAUUGUCUUUGGUGGAGCAGGUCUAACACACCAGACAGCAAGAUGCCGUUUAACAUAAAGGAAGCAGCUUAG